GCGCGGCAUGGGAUGGGAUGGGAUCUGAGAAUGCCAGUCCAACUUUGUCUCUUCUAAUCUCUCGUUGCUCAGCCGACUCUCACCCGGAAACACAAGCCACUUGCAUAGAAUCUUCCAAACAAAGCCACACUGCACUCAAAACGAACGAAAACAAGCAUCAGUCCUCAGCCAUGACGGAAAGCGACAUGCUCAAGGAGGACUUGUACAAGCUGCUGAAUGUCGAGCCGACAGCCACAGAGAAGGAGAUUGCCAAGGCGUACCGCGUCGGAGCACUCAAGUGCCAUCCAGACAAGAACCCAGACAACCCAGCAGCACACGAGUUGUUCCAGCGACUGUCGCGAGCGUAUGAAAUAUUGGGCGACGAGAAGGCGAGACAGGCGUACGACGGACUGCUCACUGCUCGCAACGUCAACAAGGCGCGCGUGUCGGCAAUGAACGACCGCCAGCGCGAGCUGCGCGCCGAUCUCGAGCGAAGAGAGAGUGAGGCGUCUGCACGCAGGGCCGCUGCUGCUGCUGCUGGGGCGGCGGAGAACGGUGGGGCGGCGAACAAGCGUCCGAGGAUGGAUGAGGAUCACCUCCGCGCGCAGUUGGCGCACGAGAUUGAGCGGCUUCGCAAGGAUGGCAUGCGGCGAUUGCAGGAAGAGCAAGAAAAGAUGCGAAGGACCAUCGAGGAAGAGAGGAAACAGGCGACACACGCUGCAUACGCGUUUACGAGCGAGGCACAACCCAUGCAACAACACGACGCUCAGAGCGCAAGCGCAAGUGUUGUGAUUCGAUGGAAUCCCAGCGCAGAUCCGCCACUCACAGAAGACACGCUUCGGGAAAUGCUCGGAGCUUGUGGAGGUCUCGACACCUUGCUCACGUCGAAAAACCCAGGAAGUGCUGUCGCAAGCUUUGCGUCGCUGGAAGGCGCUGCCCGGGCACUCGCUGCGGCCACCAACCUCUCCAACGCGCCCAUUGGUGCCGACCUCAAGUUAAAAAUUAUCCUCAAGGAGGACUCUGGUGCCCCAGCCGAUCAAGCCGAACUCGUGGCUGCGCUUGUGCAGCGGCAUCGCGCGUUUCGCUUUCCUCAGAUGGCUGGUCGCCAAAGCGACUCAUCCUUGCGAAGAUCCACCCAGACUCCAAUUCCCGCGGAUGCCACAGAGUACGAGCGGGUUACCUUGCUUCGGAUGCGCGAAGCCCAGGAGCGACGACGGCUUCAGCACGCCCACAGCUGAGCGGCUCGUUCUGGUUCUGCGCCGUGGCUAUUUGAUGCAGGGUGUGCUAGAGAUGAAAAAGAUAUACAGUAUCAGGUCCAUCUCGUUUUACAGUACAGAAGUUUACGAUUUCUGUUCGCUGCGGGCUCCGAGCAAGACGUUUCGUGGUGGUGUUACAUUUAUUUACAAUGGUGGUGUAAUUACAGAAUCCAUUCUGGAUCCAUUCAACUAACAAACGGCAGA